AUGCCGGGAGCUUUCCUGUCGCUUCAGUGGGCCAAAGCUGCCACAGAACACCGCUCUCCCGGGAGCGGCUCCACCUCCGCUGCCCGCGGCCGCUGCUCCGGGUAUGGAGGAGCUCCAGGAGGACCUGCAGCAUUCCCUGGACAAGCUCAGGAUCCUUUGUAUGGUUAUUUUGCUGCAGUAGGAGGGCAGGAUGGACAAAUAGAUGCUGAUGAGCUACAGAGAUGUCUCACCCAGUCAGGGAUUGCGGGAGCAUAUAAACCUUUCAACUUAGAGACUUGCAGACUUAUGAUCUCAAUGCUGGAUAGGGAUAUGUCUGGCACACUGGGAUUUAAUGAGUUUAAAGAACUCUGGGCUGUGGUCAAUGGCUGGAAGCAACACUUUGUAAGUUUUGACAGUGAUGGAAGUGGCACAGUGGAUCGUCAGGAGCUGGAGAAAGCCUUGAUGACUAUGGGAUUUAGACUGAGCCCACAGGCUGUGACUGCGAUCACAAAGCGCUACAGCACUCACGGAAAGAUUGCAUUUGAUGAUUACAUUGCCUGCUGUGUGAAACUCCGAGCUCUCACUGAAUGCUUUAGAAGAAGGGAUACAACUCAGCAGGGUUUUGUGAACUUCCACUAUGAUGAUUUCAUACAGUGUGUUAUGAGCAUCUAAGUCAAAAGGAAGCAAGACAUGGAUGAUCAUGAUUUAACAUUCCAGUAUGUGUUUUGGUUUGCCAAGUCCUCCAAUGUAUCUUAGUAUUGGAAAUUGCAUAUUUUAUGAAGGUAUUGCUUUACACAGAUUUUUUUUAGUCUUGAUAAUUAAUAUAAAUUACUCAUGUACUGUUGUCUUUAACUUCCAGUCUGUGAUCAUUAAAGAUGCUUUUAUUUUCAUAAACUAGCAGUUCACUGUGGAUAACUCAGAUCAUACAAAUGGUAAGAUUUUCAGUCAUGUGUCUACUUUUUUUCCUAUGAUUCACUAAAAUCAGUUUCUGGAGUGCAACUUACCUUUUUAUGACUUAAACAGUAACAUGUAUGAUUUAAGAGGAUACAUAUUUUAUCAUCAUUGACAACAUAAGACAGAUGUACAAACUGAAAGGGCUUUUGGUCAUUUUGCACUAGUCUGUUAGAACAUAAGUUUUGAGUACUUGCUUUGCCAGCUCUUUUGAAGAUGAAGCCUGUGACACCAUGCACUGAGUGUAAGACUACCUGCUAGAACUUCUUGUAAACAGGGAUGCAACAAAACGUAGCAGAGAAUUCUUCUAGCCUUGUGCUCUGGUAGUUUGUUCCUGUGGGCUUUGUUCCUGUUAGAUUCUUACUUUGUUUGUGUCACUGCAUAAAACACUUUUAAACAUAAAAAUGCUGUGUUGU